AUGAGCUACUACCAGCUACCGGUGGUGAUCGACAACGGCUCGGGAAUAAUCAAGGCGGGCCUGGCUGGGAGAAGGGAGCCCCAGUUUGUCUACCCAAACAUUAUCGGCCGCACCAAGGGUUCGGAGGAACUGUUCGUCGGUGACGACGCGCAGGACAGACGAAGCUCGUUAUUUAUGAGCUAUCCAGUGGAACGGGGCCUCAUUACUUCCUGGGGAGACAUGGAGAUCAUGUGGAAGCAUAUCUAUGACCAUAACCUGAAGCUAAAACCCUGUGAUGGUCCAAUCUUGAUUACAGAGGCAGCACUGAACCCACUGAACAAACGGCAACAAACCAGUGAAGUGUUUUUUGAGCAUCUGGAGGUUCCUGCCUUCUAUAUGUGCAUCCAAGGUGUCCUGGCACUGUUUGCUGCAGGUUUCACAACUGGCUUUGUGCUGAAUUCGGGUGCCGGGGUUACCCAGUGUAUCCCCAUCUUUGAGGGUUACUGUCUGCCUCAUGGUGUCCAGCAGCUAGAUCUGGCAGGCCUUGACCUUACCAACUACCUCAUGAAGCUGUUGAAGAACCAGGGUAUCAUGCUGCUUAGUACUGCAGACAGAAAGAUUGUUGUAGACAUUAAGGAAACCACUUGUUAUGUAGCAACCAACUAUGAAGAGGAAAUGGCUAAGAAACCUGAUUAUCUGGAAAAAGUUUACCAGCUGCCUGAUGGGAAGAUCAUCAAGCUCCAUGACCAGCUCUUUAGUUGUCCAGAGGCCCUUUUCACGCCACAUCUCAUGAAGCUGGAGGCCCCUGGCAUUGAUAAGAUGUGCUUCAACAGCAUAAUGAGAUGUGAUACAGAUCUGAGGAAUUCCUUCUUCUCCAAUAUUAUCCUUGCUGGGGGAUCAACCUGUUUCCUGGGUUUAGAGAAGCGGCUAGUUAAGGACAUAGCAAAGUUGGUGCCUGCCAACACACCUGUACAGGUUACAGCUCCCCCGGAAAGGAAAAUAUCAGUGUGGAUGGGAGGUUCCAUUCUUGCAUCCCUGUCUGCCUUCCAGGACAUGUGGAUCACUGCUGCAGAAUAUAAAGAGGUUGGACCCAACAUUGUGCACCAAAGAUGCUUCUGAAGUACAGAUAAAAUGGUUAAAAGAAAACAUUUUGGGUAUAUGUGACAGAGAAAACUUCAGAUAUUAUACGUUUCUGGGAGAACAGAAAAAUUGUAAUCACUGGACUGUCUAUGUCUCUGAUGUAUUUUUAUAAGGGGGAAAACAAUGAUGAAGCACUCAAACAGCAGAUGUUUAUUGAGCAAAACCUAGUUA